AUGCGAGCAUCUGAACUUUCUCCAAAGUUCCAAUAUGCAUUUCGCAGGUGUUUAUUCUACACUUUUGUACUUGUAGCUUGGUUAUUCAUGGGAAUGAUUUUAUUUCCAGCGUUGUGUACACCAACAGUUAAACAGGACGAUAACGAAGCUGGAGUAUUCCGAUUGGAUGCAAAACGAUCAGAUUUGUUGAAUGUUUUAUGGGCUGAGACAAUCACAAAUGGAGAGGAUGACUGGUCAGCGCUGGCAGAUCAAAAGCUGGAGCUCUACGAAAAGGCACUUCUUCAACACUAUGGAAUAGAUUUGGACAAGUCUGACAAAUCUUUCGCUUCCGGCCUACAAAAAUCGUUUGCCAUCUCCACCACCAUCGGUCCUUUGGAUGUUGAUGACUUCACUACAGUAGGAAAGUUUAUUGCCGUCAUUUAUGCUCUUAUCGGUACCCCAUUGUUCUUGACUGUCAUUGGUCAGUUAGGAAAAAUGGUGACGUCAUUGUGGCAGGGAACGACUCUAUGGGUUGUAACAAUCGUUUACAUUUUCAUUUCCGCCAUGAUUUACGAUAUCGUGGAGGGAGGAUCUGAUGACGUGCCAUUCAUUGAAGCGAUUUUCUCAAUCUUUCUGCAAUUCACAACUGUGGGAGAAGUAGAUAACGAGUUUCAUGGCGUGCUACCCUAUGGAAUAGUUGUUCUUGGCUUGGCUCUUAUCACAGCUCUUUACCAAGAAAUGCAACAAAACAUAGAGCAUUUUAUUCAUCCUUUCGAAUAUUCGUUCAACAGAUUGUGUGGAACUGUUGAGAGAUGGGUUGGAGAACGAGACGAGGCAAAAAAGUCGAUUGCAGAGACAAGAAUAGAGGAGGAGAAUGAAGAUGAGCUUAGUGACUAUGAGUAA